UUCGUAACAUCCGCCUCGCGCAAGGGGAGGGGGCGCUGUAGCAAACACAGUUAUGCGCAUGCGCUCGGCACAUAGCAACACUCGGUCAACGGAGGAGCAGAGGGAUCGUCAAUGCAGAUUUUGGGGGCAAAAGGAGAUUAAUCACCCCAAACAGACUCGCAGGAAUCAUGGGGAGUGUGUUCCUGCCAGCGGACGCAGCCCACUCGGUGCUGCGGCGGCUGCGCAGGGCCAACUUCUUGCUGGAGGAGAUGAAACAGGGGAACAUCCAGAGGGAGUGUCGUGAGGAGAUCUGCACGUAUGAAGAGGCUCGCGAGGCUUUCGAAAAUGACGAGAAGACGAGACGGUUUUGGGAGGAGUAUGUGCGGGAGAGCAGUCCAGCUGGAGGGCUGGAGACGAUGGCUGGUGGAAUCCACUCUCUCUACCUGAUCAUACCUUUGGUGCUGGUUUUGAUCGUCAUGGCCGCCAUUGCAAUCGCAGUGUGGCGCUGCCAGUCCCGCAAGCGCUCACAGCGCAACCCCAGCAUGGGACACUCGCGUCAAGACCACGUCCUGUCAGUGGUCUCUAUGGACCAUUGGGGGAGGGAUUACCAGCAUGGUGACCAAUCAGAACUCAGCGUACAUAGCAGCCCAGCUUAUCCAGGCUCCGAUCUCACAUCAGGGAGAGGAAGUGCUGGAGACCCUCCUCCAUCGUACGAGGAAGCUGUGGGCCACACGGAUGUCCAGAUAGAGACAGAGCCACCGCCACAGUAUGAGGAUAUUGUCAACACCAGCACUACUUGUGUCAGUGGGCGCAAGUAAACCUGUCUCUCACUAACACUGCAAAAAAAGCCCUAACCUACACUUAGACUGUCUUAUCACCUAGCAGUGCCACUGUUGUGGGAUCACCAGCCUUCCUCAUUCAGCAGAAACACUCUUCACUGCCUGGAUUAUGGACUAAUGCACAGUUUAAAAUUUGCACUAACAUGUCAUCGGUGAGGUGAUCUAAACACAAAAGGGAACAAUGAUACUGCAAUACCAAAACCAACCAACACCUCACUUGUUUCUUCGAGUUGCAUCUAUGCUGUCACACAGUAGCAAAUUUUUUACCUCAGCAGGUAAAGCAAAUGUCUCAUUUGGCAUAAGAAAAAUGUUAUGAUUGGCUUGAGGCUGGAAGCCUUUCAGAAAGGGUAUGCGGGUGUUGAACCGAUGCUUUUCUUUUUUGUUUCACUCUGCCACGUCAGAUGUUUUAUAGUAGUAAACAAGCAUCUAGUGGCAUUCACAGACACAGCAACAUCACAGUUGAAACAUACUUGUUAUCAAGUGGCAAAUCUAAGUCUGAUAUUCACACUUUAGCUCUGGUUUAGUUGAGUAACUCUAUUCUUGCAGAAAAUACUAAAAUUCCCCACCAGUCACUCUUCUAUUCUAAAACUACUUACUGGUGGUUUUGUGCAGGACAGGAUCUGUGUGUCUGACAUGUCUGAGCUUGUUAAAUUGUGGGUUAAAUGUUUCCGCCAAAUAUCCAAAACAUUUAGCCACAACCGAAGACUCAGCGAGCUGUGGCCUAAUUUUCAUCACUACUCAUAAGUGAGUUUUAAAUAGUCAAGCUGCCAAACCCUAAGCAUCGGCCCAGCUUCAGGAUACACUUAAGUAUUUGACAUUACAUUUAAGACCACCAGCCAUAAAUGGGGAUGCUAAAAUAGAUGUAGGUGGGUGCACGUGUUUCUAUUCUUUGGCACAUGACGUGGUCUGAACAUGUGAGGUUGGAUCUGGAUCAGCACUGUUGAUGGUCAGAGCUCCCUGCUCCAUGCCUAUCAGGCUUAGGGCCUGCUUUAACUGUGAAGACUUUCCUAUAAAACACAUCUAACUGAUACGGCACAGUCUUGUGCUGUGCUGCUUUUCAGCUACUUUGCAGUAACACAGUAGUUGUGGAGUGAUUUGCACAGCAAUGAGGGACAGUGAGCAAUACAAUAUAGACAGGUUUGGGCAAAGCCCCAUAUUUAACGCCACUAUGAUUUAGCACGUGUAAUGUACCUGUAUAUAGAUAUACAUAAAAGGAUUUGUGAUAAGAGUUACAGUGAAACAGAAAUGCAUGGGAUGCAUUAAUAUUAAUGUAACAAUUAUACAUUAGGUUGUGAAUAAUAAUGAAGGCACUUUGUGUUUAGGUUCAGCUAUAUAAUGACAAGUAGGACAGUGUGGUUGGAUGUGUUCAACAUGAUUUUAAGCAUUGAUAAUGUUACUGUAAUCCUCUGAUGAAAAAGUGCUCAAGCUCUUUAUGCAAUGUUGCUGCAUACAUUCUUAAAACCAAAUACAUCUAUAAUAUUUACUGACACUGAAUAACGUCACUCUGUCUACACCUCAGACUAUGAGCACUGGUUAUUAUUAUACAGUUGUUUGAUCUAUGAACCUCAGCACUAGCUAUGACCUCGAACUGAGUUGUGCUGGUAGUGGUUGAGAUUUUGGUUAGGUCAGUUGUACCUACUGAGGCCUGUUUUUACAGUGCCUUAUCAAACGUUAUGAAACAUUAAAUGCAAGGGAACUUGUAAUAUAUCAUUAUGUACAAAAGCUUGAAUUAAUUUCUAAUAAAACAUUGAAAAGUG